AAAUGAAAGACAAAAAUGUGCGUGCAAAGCGUGUCUCAACGUCGUCUGCCGGUCAGUCCAGAGAUUUCCUCAGCAACGGGGAGCAUCUCAGAGAAGAUGGCCUACGCGUUCACUAACGGGCUCGCGGGCAUAGAAGGACACCUCGUCGACAGGAAGGACGCACAAUGGAGCGGACCCCCAACUGCACUGCAACAGCCACAAGCAGAGCCUCCCUCCGUGGCGCUGAGGCCCCGGGGCACGGACGGUGCCGCCCUGGCCCCGGCCGAGGGCCUGUGGACCACCUGCAGAGAUGAGCCGGUCCGCUUGAGGAUGGAGGAAUCGGGGCCCGCCGCCGACACCCCCAUCACCGUGCACCAGAUGUUCCUGGAGACGGUCCAGAACUUCGGGGGGUGCCCGGCCAUGGCCUACAAGAAGGACGGCCAGUGGGAGAUCGUCACGUGGACGCGCUACUACCAGUUCUGCAGGGCGGCGGCCAAGAGCUUCAUCAAGCUGGGCCUGGAGCGCUACCACGGGGUGGGCAUCUUGGGCUUUAAUUCCCCCGAGUGGUUCAUCGCUGAUCUGGGCUGCAUCUUCGCCGGGGGUCUGGCGACGGGCAUUUACACCACCAACUCAGCACCUGCCUGCUGCGAAGUUGCCGCCAAUUCGCAGGCUAACAUCAUAGUGGUGGAGAACCAGCAGCAGCUGGACAAAAUCCUACAGGUCAAAGACCAGCUGCCGCAUCUCAAAGCCAUUGUCCAGUAUAAAGGAGAACUCAAGCAGAGGCUGCCCUUCCUCUACUCUUGGUCAGAGUUCAUGAGGCUUGGCGAGGAUGUGCCCGAACAGCAGCUGGACGACUCCAUUGACCGCCUGCGCGCCAACCACUGCUGCACGCUCAUCUUCACGUCGGGCGCCACCGGACCACCCAAGGGCGUCAUGCUCAGCCACGACAAUGUGACCUGGACGGUCCAGCGGGCCGGAGAGGCCGUGGGCCUGCGCUAUGGCGAGGAAUCGGUUAUCAGCUACCUGCCGCUCAGCCAUGUGGCGGCUCAGCUUAAUGACAUGUAUAUCACUAUGAGGUUCGCCGCCGCCACUUAUUUCGCCCAACCUGAUGCCCUCAAGGGCUCCUUGGGGCCCACCUUGAAGGAAGUAAGGCCCACCUCCUUCCUGGGCGUCCCUCGCGUUUGGGAAAAGAUGCAGGAAAAAAUGCAGGAAGCCGGAGCCAAGGCCGGACCCUUCAAGAAGAGCGUUGCCGACUGGGCCAAGGCCACCGGGCUCAUGUACAACUACAGCGCCAUGCACAAGGAGAAUCGCGUGCCGUGGGGCUUCACGCUGGCUAACCAGCUGGUGUUCAAGAAAGUGCGAGCGGCGCUGGGCCUGGACCGCUGUCGAAUACUGUUCACGGGCUCGGCGCCGAUCUCCAAGGAGACCCUGGAAUACUUCAUGAGUCUCAAUAUGCCCCUCAUGGAGCUCUAUGGCAUGAGCGAGAGCUCUGGACCGCACACCAUCUCCACCAACCAGGACUACCUCAUCUCCAGCUGCGGGAAGGUGAUGGAAGGCUGCAAAGUAAAGCUGGACAACCAGGAUGCGGACGGAAACGGCGAGAUCUGCUUCUGGGGCCGUAACAUCUUCAUGGGCUACCUCAAUCUGGACGACAAGACCCGAGAAGCCCUGGACGAAGAUGGCUGGCUGCACUCCGGAGACAUCGGCAAGCUGCAGCGGGACUUCCUCUUCAUCACCGGAAGGAUAAAAGAGCUUCUGAUCACCGCCGGUGGCGAGAACGUGGCGCCGGUGCACAUUGAAAACACCGUCAAGUCGGAGGCGCCCAUCCUCAGCAACGCCAUGCUGAUCGGCGACAGGAAAAAGUUCCUCUCCAUGCUCGUGACGCUCAAAUGCGUGCCGGACGAAGACGGCAAACCCACGGACAAGCUGAGCCCCGAGGCCGUGGCCUUCUGCCGGGAGUUGGGCGUGAGCGCCACCCGAGUGUCAGAAAUCGUCGGGAACAAGGAGCCCGCUGUCUACAAGGCCAUCCAGGAAGCCCUGGAACGUUACAAUGGCGUGGCUGUGUCCAGAGCGCAGAAGGUGCAGAAGUUUGUCAUCUUGGAAAGAGACUUCUCCAUCGGGGGAGGAGAGCUUGGCCCUACCAUGAAGCUCAGGAGGCCAAUCGUGGUCCAGAUGUACCAGGACAAAAUCGACGAGAUGUACGCCGAGUAGAAGCAAAGAAAUCGAGCGCUAAAAUCCGUUCUAUUUAUAUUUUCAUGCACUUUUGUAAAUAAAAGCUCCCCAAUCACAGCCAAAGUUUGCCACCGUACAUCACGUGAUUACCUCAUUGUUUCUCCGGUAUAACAUUACUAACCCGAACCUUUUUUUUGUUACGUCAUCAUUUUACGGCGUGAUUUAUGGGGUCAAACAAUGUAGGUUAUACUCAAGAAAUCACUGAAGAAGAUGGUGUUAUUUUUUUAAUUUUUACUGCAAUUGAAAAUAUUUACAGUACUAACUAUCUGUAAUUCCAUAGAAUAAUAAAUAGAAAUGUGAUACUGUUUUAAUAGUUGUCUGUUUUUGUUGUAAUAUGGUUGACAUUUUACUGAGGGAAUUAUUAUAUUAUUAUUAUCGAUGACCGGUGUUUAGUUUUACAGUACAUUUUAGAUAAUAUUGAAAUAUUAUUUUAAAAAAAAAAACAGAAAUUAAGGAUAUACUCGUAAGUAGUGGUGUGAAAAGGUGAUAUAUCACAAUACUUUGUAGCUCAAAAGGUUAUCAUAUGCUCCCGAUAAGAAUCAAUUCAUAAUUUUAAAAGAUGUUAUUAUUUAAUAAAGGAACGAAGAGCUUACUACCAAAAUCUUCCAAUAAAAUAGUGCAUACGUAAGCUCACUAGGCAUACAAAUUACAAUUCAUUUUGACCGUAUUGGAUGUGUAGCGCCGUCAAUGGGACUGAAACCAGAGCAUUCACAGCCAGUCUUUUGUGGGCAUUAACAGCUCACUUCCUGUUCAUUUUAGGGCAUUUAGCAUUGUUCAGACAGGCAGUCGAAAUCUGAAUCUUAGCCCAUCCAGUUUGAAUCUGGAUGGGCUAAGAAUCAGAUUUCGAUUUCAGAUUUUUGCGAGUCUACUUGAAACCACCUACGGGUGCUAUUUUCAUAUCAAAUAUGGACAAAAUGUUUCUCAGUCUGAACAGCUCAGAUGGGAUUUGACUGUCCGUGACGUCACUCUAUGCUGGAUGACGCCUUUGAAGCCACAGUAACAUGUCAGGUGUGUUAAUAAUCUGGCACAGUCUGAAAAGGCCUAGAUCUGAUUUGGUCAAAUGCUAAAAAUAGUGUGAACAGUCAGCCCUAAAAAUCAGAUUUGAAGAAGAAUCCCAUUCCAAUCAGAUAUGCCUGCAGUUGGAACAAAGGUUACUUCCUUCAGAUUUUACAUCAUUGGGGACAUCCUUGAGUCACUUCCUUUUCAGUAACCCAAACUCAACAGGAAGUGCCCCAAAAGGAAAAGGAAGUGAUGGAAAAUCGAGAGGAAAUGACGUCAAAUGCCCCAAAAUUAACAUACAUAUACGUAUUACAUAUAUACAUAACAUAUAUUACAUAACGGCGUUAUUUUUUCAGUAACGGGCUAAUCUAACUAAUUAUUUUUUCCGCCGUUACAACGCCGUUACCGUUACUGACGGUCAAAAGCGGUGCGUUACUUACUCUGAAUAAAUUGAAGAAACUACCAAGCCAAGACUUGGGGUGCGUUCAGGUUCGAGAAUAGCGCACGUGUUUUGUUUUGUGCUUUUUCGUAGCAAAGAUAUACCACAAAGGACAUGCUGGCACUUUGUCUCAGGUUGUGAGAGUUGGAUUUAAUUGAUUAAACUCGCUUUAUAUUGUUUACUGCUGAUUGUUAUUUUAUUAUAUUGUUUACUUUUUAUUAUUUUAUUUAUUGUUUUUUGUUGUUGCUCUUCAAGUGUAGGAUAAAUCUGUUGCUGGUGGAUAAAUCUGGAUAAAUCUGUUGCCGGUGAGGUGCAAUAAAUAUUACAAGGUUCUAUAACACAA